UACGCCACUACAGACUUAAACGGAGGGUCAUUCUCAGUUUCUCUUACACAGUACGAUUAUUUUAACAAUGAAAAUGGAAGGAUUAGAAGUACAGUAUCAGCUAGCUACCAGGCAGAUGGAUCAGUACUCGACAUGCUUCCCUUUUCUGCUGUUGGAGAUGCACGGGGAACUGUAGCUACGGACACACAUAUUUGGGGACGUUUUUCGGUGAAAAAUGGGCACAUUUCUUACAAUUGCGACCAAUCAGAAAUAGCCUACUAUGUAAAUCCAUAUUUCGUAAGUGUUACCGGGUUCCAAGACGAUGCAAUCCCGCCACCGCUGAUGACGGAGUUCAAGGGUAAAGCUACUGCUCAAAUGAGUAACAAAUUGGCAGAGUUAUACUUAGGACUGGCCAAUUGGAAUGCACUUUUGAAAAAUGCCAUGUGUCAAUUCAUGACGGAAAUAUUCACGGAAACUUCUGUACUGGACAUUAUUAAAACUCCACAUGCACCAAAAUUUUCUUACUGGUAGAUGGACGCCUAAACUAAAUAUGCA